AUGGAACGGGUAGCCGUAAUAGGGACCGGGGCUAGUGGCCUCUCCUCCAUCAAAUGUUGUAUUGAUGAAGGACUCCAACCUGUCUGCUUCGAAAGGUCUGACGCCAUAGGUGGACUGUGGAAUUACAAGCCAGAUGUCCGAGUGGGUCAGGGCAGUGUCAUGAAAUCCACAAUCACCAACACCAGCAAGGAGAUGACGGCUUAUAGUGAUUUCCCUCCUCCUAAAGACACCCCGAUGUAUCCUCACAACCGACAGAUGCUGAAGUACUUCCAAAUGUACGCUGACAAAUUUGGUUUGCUUCCAUACAUUAACUUCAACAAAGAGGUUGUAUCAGUGAAAUCAGUGGACACCAAGUGGUCAGUGCAGACCAAGGAUUGUAAAACAGGAAAACUGACAACUGAGACGUUUGAUUACGUGAUGGUUUGCUGUGGUCAUUACGCAAACAAAUUUGUACCCAACUUACCUGGUGAGGACGAAUUCCAAGGGGAGAUCAUGCAUUCGCAUGAGUACAGAAAUUUCCAUGGAUUCGAGAACAAGAAGGUUGUCGUUGUUGGUAUUGGUAACUCUGGUGGGGAUGCAGCUGUGGAACUGAGUCACGUGGCUUCCCAGGUCUAUCUGAGUACGCGUAAUGGACGCUACAUAUUCAGUCGGAUAUCGGAAGCUGGAAUGCCAAUGGACAUGGUCCAUUUGACGAGGUUUAUGCGGGGAGUUGUUGGAUAUCUUCCAAGAUCUCUAGUUGAAGCAAUAUAUUUGAAAAAAAUAAACCAAGCCGUGAAUCACAAGGCUUACUGCCUGGAGCCGGAGAGUGGAGGACCAUUUGCAAAUGGCAUCCUUAUCAACGAUGAACUGCCUUGUCGCAUAGCAUGUGGAAGCAUCGUCAUCAAAUCAGGUGUAAAACGUCUCCACCAAACCAGCGUGGAGUUUGAGGACGGAACAGUUGAAAGCAAUGUCGACACUAUACUUUUUGCCACAGGAUAUACAUUUGACUUUCCGUUUCUACACACGCCCAUCCCUGGACUAAGUAAAGACCGCAAUAAACUUUAUAAGUUCAUGUUCCCGCUGGUAUCUUCUCGGCCAACAAUCUGUGUGAUUGGCUUGAUACAAGCAGCAGGGCCACAGCCACCAAUAGCAGAGAUGCAGGCUAGACUUGCAUUGGCCGUGUUCAAAGGAAAGGUGACGUUGCCCGAUGUAAAGUUACAACAGGCUGAGGUGGAGAGAAUUCGGAGUAGAAAUAAAAAGGUGUUUAAUGAUUCUAAGGGACAUUUCUUCAGUGUAGACUACAUGAUUUACAUGGACGAGUUGGCCACAUUGUUCGGUUGUAAACCAUCAUUAGCGAAAUUGUUCCUAACAGAUCCGCAGUUGGCUUGGACGUGUUUAUUUGGACCCUGUACUCCCUACCAAUACCGACUAAUGGGGCGAGGAAGAUGGUCAGGAGCCAGGGACGCCAUAAUGAACCAGUGGGACAGAACUCUUGCCCCUUUGAAAACCAGGCCGUUGACGACCAAAACACGACACGACUCAAAUGUUACUUUUUUUGUGAAACUUACAGUAAUCUUUAUAGGACUGUGUUACUUUUAUAGAACUUUUCUCAGAAAAGAUAAAUGAAAUACAGUUUAGC